ACACUAUAAAAGGCAGCAUGUUUGACAAAUUGAACUUUAAUAAUUUGGUCAUUUCCAACAAGAAACUUAUACAACAAGCACGAGCUCAAACGAUUGCAAAGUUAGUACACAAACUACGCAAACUGAACAAUGCGCUAGACAAACAUCCGGACAAUGAGAAGCACAAGCAGCGGAUACGGAAAAAUGCUGAAUGUGUGGCACAGAUAAAAGCGCUUAAAUGUAUACGCAUAAUGCGGUCGGUGCUGCUGCAAGAUGGCAAGCACAAUGCAGUGUUAACAAAUGGCAGAGCAACUCCUGAAGAGAUUGGCAUUGCCAUGUUAGGCCUAAAUAAAAUUAUGCAGCUGCUCGUAAACACAUUUAGACUUAAGCUGGAACUAGGCAGUGAGGCAGAUGCUGCAUGGCGUACUGAAAUAUUGGAGACUAGUAAGAGGCGCCUUAAAGUAGAACGCACUGAGGACAAGCGACGCAAGCGUAAAGAGUUGAAAGAUCUAAAGGCGCAGGAGCGUAAUCGCGUAGAAUGGUUGCAGCAAAACAAACCAGAAGUUGACCAGGAAAUGGGGACAGCUGUUGAGACGGCAGCUGAAGAUUGUGAGAAGGAAGUUGUUGAAACUGCUAAAGAAAAGUCCAUUAAUAAUAAGCUGGAAAAUAUAGAAUCCACAAAAGAAUUGCACGUGGAUCAGCCAAGGCUGGAAGUUAUGCAGCCGAAAGUUAUAGAAAAGCCAGCAAAGAGAGAUGUAAAACAGCUAAAACAAAGAGAGAAAACAGUUAAAAAAGAACGAUUGCAAAUAGACAACAAAAAGCAGCCAAAACUGGAAUUAAAGCAGCCAAGAGUUAUAGAAAAACCAGCUAAGGGAGUUGUAAAGCAGGUGAAAGAAAUGGAGAAGUCAGCUAAAAAAGAACGGUUGCAAGUAGACAACAAAAAGCACACCCAGCCAAGUGUUAUAGAGAAACCAGCUAAGCCAGAACAUGUAGAGCCUUAUAGAAGUAAUGUCAAACAAAAAAAGACUAAAGUUGAAGAAAAGGAGCGACCUACUCAUGUGGUUGAUCCCUUUUUUAUAACGGAGUCUGGGCAGCCAUAUCUAUCAUCAGCUGUAGUGCUCUCCGGUGACAGCAGUGAUGAAUCAGAGAAAGAGGAUGUGUACCAUCAGGAACCAAGCCGGCGCAAACAUGUUACCAGACAGCAGGAUACUGACAAGCAUCCUUCCUGGUUGGCCAAACAACAACAGAGGCCAAUUAUAAGUAGCUUUAAAGGACGAAAAAUAAAGUUUGGCGAUGAUGGCAGCGCUGUGGCCACAAUAGCGCCAUCUGCAGUGGCACCUGAAACUGCUGCUGUUACUGCAGACAUGCAUCCUUCGUGGAUAGCCAAGCAGAAGCUUAAACCUAAAAUAGCAACAUUUAUGGGCACAAAAAUAAAAUUUGAUGAUGACUAA